UCUUUUAUGCCUUUUAAUUCAUUCAGGAUAGGGCACUCCCCAGAAUUUCUGAUCCCUCCCUCCCUCUCUUCUUUCAGUCCCCGAAGAAUUCUCUCCCCCUGCCCUCCAGAUUCCUUUCCCUCUCUCCUUCCCCACCCCUCGUCUCAUUUUCCUCUCCUUCCUUUCCAGAGAAAGACCCCUCCCAUGUCUCUUCACCCUGAGCUCGCUCCGAAGCCUGGGAGUCAUUCACUUUCCCCUUCUAUUUCCCUCCUCCCCUUUUUCUCCCCCUCCCCCUUCCCUCCUCCUUACCCUUCUUCUCUGGAAAGAACCUCCCGGCUUCAACUUUGCCUCCUUAGUCUCCUCCAGUGCUGCUUGGUGGUGACUCCAGCUCUUGCCUAUGUCCUGGUAGCUCAUGGCAUUGGAUCUCUCCUUUACCCACUAGGCUCCAUGACCGAAACAGUAAUUAAUCCCCUAAACCAAGCUGGGUAGCAUCUCUGCAGCCGUCAUUCCACUCACAUUUCCGGAGCCAACAGCUGCACACAGACAAGCAAAAGGGCCCAGAGGGAGCAUUCACAAACUCUUGCAGAGACUGGGCUGCCCAUCCCCUUCACCACUUCUCCACUAGUGCCUCUGUUGGAGAGGAGACUGACUAGCUUGAGUUGUACUAUCAAAAUGGAAAAUCUACUAUUCUGGCUGAUCUUUUCUACCCCCGCUUGGACCAUCAUCGGUGGCUCUGAAACAGAACAGGAUUUUACCUGGCACUUACAAAAAAUACCUCGGGUAGUCAGCGAAAGAACUUUUCAUCUUUCCAGCCCCAAAUUUGAAGCAGAUGCCAAAUUGGUGCUAAAUGGAAUAUGUGGUAUUGAAUGCCAAAAGGAGCUACCAGUGCCAGGCCUUUCUGAGCUGGAGGAGUCCCUCUCCUAUGAGACUGUCUUUGAGAAUGGCACUCGAACCUUGACCCAAGUCAAUGUCCAGGGACUGAUGCUUGAGCCUACUCAGAACACGACAAGAAAAAUAACAUCCAGGAGAAAGCGACAGGUAUAUGGCAUUGAUAGUCGCUUCAGUAUCUUGGACAAGCGAUUCGUAACCAAUUUCCCUUUCAGCACAGCGGUGAAGCUCUCCACAGGUUGUAGUGGUAUUCUCGUCUCCCCUAACCAUGUCUUAACAGCAGCUCACUGUAUUCAUGAUGGACAGGACUAUGUCAAAGGGGGCAAAAAACUAAGGGUGGGUCUGCUCAAGAUAAGGUCCAAGAGGAAUGGCAAGAAACCCAGAGGUUCUAAGAGGAGUCGACGAGAAGCUGAGUAUGUAGAUCCACCACAGGGUACCCAAGAGGAGCUGAAUAUGAGAUCCAAGGGAAGGAGAAGAAAGAAAGAAUCAGGAAAGGGUCAGAGAGGUUCUGAGGGUAAUCCCUCUUUCCAGUGGACUAGGGUCAAGGCAACCCACAUUCCCAAAGGCUGGGUUAAAGGAGUAAGUGGAAAUAUUGCUCUGGAUUAUGACUACGCUGUUCUUGAAUUGAAACGGCCCCACAAAAAGAAGUAUAUGGAGUUGGGCAUCAGCCCAACCAUCAAGAAGAUGCCUGGGAGUAUGAUUCAUUUCUCAGGUUUUGACAGUGAUAGAUCUGGGCAGCUGGUCUACCGAUUUUGUAGCGUGUCAGAUGAAUCCAAUGACCUCUUCUACCAGUACUGUGAUGCGGAGCCUGGCUCUACAGGCUCUGGCAUCUAUCUCCGCCUAAAGGACCCCGACAAGAAGAAGUGGAAGCGCAAGAUCAUUGCUAUCUAUUCAGGCCACCAGCAGAUGGAUGUCAGUGGAGUCCAGAAGGAUUAUAAUGUUGCUGUACGCAUCACUCCUCUUAAGUAUGCACAGAUUUGCCUGUGGAUCCAUGGAAAUGAUGCUGAUUGUACUCAUGGCUAACUGUGCCCACCCCAAAAAGCCACAUUCCCAAAACACAGCAAAAACCAAUCUCAAGUUACUACAACAGCACCUCAUCUCAGGUUAUGUUUGACUUUGACAUCUAUCAUCAGCAUUUCAGCAUUUUGGAAAUUAUUCCUAAAAGACAAUGAGAAUAUUUUCAUAAUUUUUUAAAGGAGAAUUUUAAGUCGGUAUAGCUACUAAAAUGGAACAGGUGCUCCAGUGCCAAAGUUUAUACUUUUCUUUAAAUUGUGGUCAUUUUAAAUUGUUUGUGAGUCAAUGUGUUUCCUUCUGCCUUAAAAAUAUUAGGCAAAUGUUGAAGCCUCAAACUGAAAUAAUAGGUAGUUUCUCAAUAGAUAUGUUUUUAGGGUUCUGCUCUAGUUAGUAUCUAAGGUAAUGGACACUCCAUAGAACUUGUGGAACUUAUCUGCAAAAGCAGGUAAACCAUGACGGACAGUAUUUAAAAUAGGUCAGCUGAGAAAUACUGAGAACCCAAGAAGCAUAAACACUGUAUUAAUCUGUAUUACUAGGUGCUAUUUUUUUCUCAAAGUAGAAAUUCCGUUAUUCUCCCUCCCCAAGAAACAAUUAUUUUUUUCUGACAAAUAUUAUUAGCUUUCUGUCACAUAUGCCAGUUCUUUGGAAUCUAUUCCAUUUUUAAUAUUCUCUGUCUCUAUGUAAAAAACUUCAUGUUUUUGAAUGAACUGGUCAUAAUCAGAUCAUCUCCUUCCUGGGAGUAUCCAUAUUAAUUCACCCAAGUUCAAUGUUAAGCCAAACACAACCCAGAGUGGGCAUGGUCUUGGGACCCAUUCUCUCAGAAAGAUGAACCAAGUUAAGGAUCUCCUAACUAGGAAGCAAAUAGCCCAGGUAAGACCUAUGGGUUUAUGAGCCUUACUUGGCAUCUGGAAGAUAUUGCUAUGCUUCCCUCACUCCCCUAACCGGCACCCAAUUUAUACUCUGCUUAGCAUAGAAAUAUUUUUGUCUUUCCUUCUAAGGAGACCUAGGCAUACCUUUAUACCAUUGCACAAGUUGUAUGUUUGAUUGGUAAUACCAGCUUCCUGAAAUGUAGGAUUCAGAGGAAUCAACUUAAAUAUAAUUCCAGCUCACAUUCUUUUGUACUGUGUGUGAACUUGUGCGAAAUAAUUAUAUGUGUUUGCUGAUUGGUGCUUUAUUGCUGGUGCUCCAUCAAGUACAAGAAUGUAUCGUUACGGAGCCAACAACUAAUUAUCUUUUCUUGGCCAUCUUCUAUAUGAUAAUAACAGAUCUGAAGGAAAUAAACAUCUUUGUGGUUAGAUAUAUUCCAACUAGGCAAGAGGAAGCUAGGUAGCUGGCCAUGUAGUCAGGAAGACCUGAAUGCAAGUCUUACCUCCGACACAUGCUGGCUGUGUGUCACUGGGUGGGUCAUUCAAUCUCUCAGUGCAAUAGGGAAUUUUCUAAGACUACAAAUGAAAGACAAGUGUAUUGGUAGAGGGUGUUCCUCAUUAGGAGCUCCUUACAUCUAUGAAAUCACAGGCCUUACUUACAAAAAAAGGGGGGGGCUGGUACUUAAGGUUAAAUGUAUUGUAUUUACAUACAUUCGGGCAACUAAGUGGCAUAGUGGAGUGUGAAGAUUCAUCUUCCU